AUGGCUUACCGUGCUAAGCGGCUGGUAAUCUACGAAUCUUACUACAAAGCCACAUUCCUUAGUGCCCAAAGCGAGUCCCAUAUUGCAUGGAUUGGCUCCCUUCAAGCCUUCUUCAUGUUCUCCGCUGGCCUCAUCUCCGGCCCGAUGAUGGAUCGCUAUGGACCGAAGCCGUAA